ACAUUCAAAAUUAGAAUGGCAUGUUGUUUCAGAUGAUUAAAUCACGACAGCCUCGUGAACCGUGCCGGCCAACGCGAGGCUUGAGCCGUUGAAGCCUUCUCGGAAUUUCAAAAGGUACCUUUUAUUUUAUCAAAAUUUAUAGUAUUUCUUAUGUCCCAACCGUCAUUUUCACCCCAAUUUGACGCUUUUUAUUUCCAGACAAUCAAACUAUAAAAUGCCAAAGAAAAACCCGCCUAUGGUUCGGCAUUUUUUCCCCAAAAUAUAUUUCUCUGUUUUUUUUUUUUUUCAGACUCUCCUCUUUUCCGCUUUAGCUUUCAAAAGCAACGUCAACAAUAAUAAUAAUAUCAUUAUAAACCCUAAAAAGCUCCGCUCCAGUCUUCCAUAAAACUUCACUGCUGUUCCGUUUUUUUUUUUUUUUGUUCUUUUUAAUUUGAAAAAUGAAAAUUCCAUUUUUUCCUCUUUAUUUUGCCGUAAAUAUCUCUCAAAAACAUUUCCCAAAAAUCUCUGAACUCCUAGGGGCAUACAUUUCAGCCUCAGUCGAGAAUCUUCCAUUUAAUAAUCCUUCAAGCUAUAGUUUAAGUAACACUUUUUAACUUGUAACUGUUUCGUACAGUUAAAUUUUCAAAGCAAAUUUUAAAUAUUUCUUAAAUCUUAAGGUUGGAUCUCUGAAUUUGUCGAAAUAAAAAAUUGGAAUUUCUCUGUUUUCGUGUGUUUUCAAGAGUCGGCAACUUUGUUUGCAAGGAGUACUUCUCUUCACGGUGCUUUUGGCUCACGGCCUUGUGAUUGUAAAUUUCUUCUGAUGUUGGAUGUGAUUUACUCAGAUGCCUGCAGUUUGAUGUUGUUGAAUUAUGUGACCUUGGUUGGGGAGUGUCUGAGCUGAGCAAAGAGAUGCAGGCAGUUGGCUUUCAGUUGGAAUGAAGAACUUACAGAGCACGCAAGAUAUAAAACCCUUAACUCAAGCUUCACAUGAACCAAAAACGGAACAGCAAAACAAUCAAACAGCAGAUGGCCCCUUAGCAGACUCGGGCUCUUUAUCUGCUUCAAGCAAUGAUAGCCGAAAAGUUUCACGCCAAGAUAUUGAACUCGUCCAAAACUUAAUUGAACGAUGUUUACAACUGUACAUGAAUAGAGACGAGGUUGUCAAAACCCUGCUGACUCGAGCAAGGAUAGACCCUGGAUUCACAACUUUAGUGUGGCAGAAGCUGGAAGAGGAAAAUGCUGAUUUUUUUAGGGCCUAUUAUAUAAGGUUGAAGUUAAAAACGCAAAUCCUUUUAUUCAACCAUUUGCUUGAGCGUCAAUAUCAUCUGAUGAAAUAUCCUGUGCCUCCAAAGGUUCCUCUGGCCCCAAUACAAAAUGGUAUUCAUCCCAUGCCCGCACUUCUUUGCAGUGCAGUUAACAACUUACCAAUGGGAUACCCUGUGCUGCAACAACCUCCAAUUCCAGCUCCAGGACAACCUCAUAUUGACUCCAUGGGUAUAUCAUGCUGUCAUGUGGUCAAUGGAGUCCCUGCACCCAGCAAUUUUCAACCCAUGCAGAUGAAUUCUGGGAAUGACAUGGUGAUGGACAACAAUGCCAGUGAUGUAACACCCGCAGUUCCUCCGACCACUGCCAUUUCAUCUAUGUCAGAGAUGCCUGUGAGCCCUACAUCAGUGGCGUCCAGUGGGAAAUUUCCCUUCACUGCAUCAGACAUGUCAGGAAUGGGAGUAGACACAUCAGCACUUGAUUCAGCCUUCACGACAGAUGUGACAAGUUCAGUAGGAUUACAGCUGGGACCUGAUAAUGGAGCUGGGAAUUCUAGAGAUUCCCUUAGAUCACUUGAUCAGAUUCAGUGGAAUUUCAGUCUCACAGAUCUGACAGUAGACUUGUCAAACUUGGGAGAUUUAGGAGCCCUUGAGAACUACCCUGGUUCUCCUUUUCUACCCUCUGAUUCAGAAAUUUUGCUUGAUUCUUCAGAGCAAGAGGAUAUAGUGGAGGAAUUUUUUGUUGAUUCUGUCCCUGGACAGCCAUGCUCUCCCGACGAAGAAAGAUCCUAGACCAAGGUGAGUGUUGUACCUUAUCUUCUUAAAAUUGUUGAGACAAGAUAGUGAUAGAUCAAUAAGAACAGCAUUUGACAUCUAUUCAGUAGGCAUUUUGAAUUGUUAACAAAUUGGAACAUUUCAGCAGUGUAAUUUUAGAUUGAUCAAUCAAUGGCAGUCAGCAAACAGGAAAGUAGCCAAGUUCUCCUUGCUUGUAAUUUUUUAGAUUGCAAAUAUGAGACUUUAUUGUUAUUUGGAGAACCUGAGGACCAUUUGUUCGUAAUCUUUUGUUUUGUGUGCAAUGAGGAAAUGAUUGCAAUCUUUUCCCAUCCUACCUGACUUUGUGAUCGAUUGAGCUUCCAUACUGAAAAUGGAAUAAAUUCUGUUAUGACGAUUGGAGCUGAGAUACGAUUACUCUGCUCUUUGAGUUUACAUGUGAGUGAAAGAAAUAUGGCACCUGAUUCAAGAUGCUCCUGAUGUCUCCCUUAAUUCUAAUGGUAAAUCAUCUGGGACAGGGCGUGCUUGGUCUAACUGUUCAAUACCAAACUGGCCCUGCGCUGGGUAGUGAUCCUGACAUGUGGAUGUGGUAUCCAUAUGAAUGUUAGGGGGAAAAGCGUUGCAAUGGGAAUAUUGUUUAAUUUCUUUGCUGUGAAUUGAUGAGUUACCAUAAUACCUACCCAGCAUACGCAAUGACAUCGUUAAACCAAAGUUCAUUGUUGGAAACUUUGUAUUAUCAGGUUAGUUUAGAAAGUCAGAGCGUCAAAUUCCAAUUGUUUGGUGUUGUGGUAAAAUUUUAUCUCAUGACUUUUAGUAGUCAACUGCUUUGCUUGUGAUUAGUUUCUGAAACAACGAUUGUGUCGUGCGACACGAUUAUCAACCAGGAAGCAGUUUCUGAUCUAGACGGGGUCUAUUGUCUCUGGAAUAAUUAAAAUCUAGUUUUCAGUUAUGUUCUUUAGCAUCCAGUUCCAAAUGUGAACGAAUUGAAUACUUUGAAAUUAGCAUGUUUAAAUGGUGAAUGUUCAAUGAAUCAACAUUUUGAUCUGUAAAUUUCAAACCCCUUCUAGUCCCCCGAUUUUCUACAGUUGACAAUGUCAUAGGAAAUUUGUCCUAAAUUUUGAAGCCAAUAAAAUAACAUAUAACAGUAUAUACAUAUAAAAAGGAAAAUAUGUUGUUGGUAUGGUUUAAAUAUACAAUUAUACAUUAUUCCUUUGAUUGCGAAAUCCAACUAUUAUCCAACGGUCAAAACCUAAAAUAUAGGACUAGAUUUUUAGCAGCCUGAAUAAUACUAAUAAACAAGAUGUGCAAAUUUUUG